CACGCUCCGUAGUAUAGGUAACUUUAGUUUUGUUUUGUGCGCUUGUGCGUUUUCUGUGCAUUCAGAACCUUGGACAGCAACACUUUAAUACCCAUCAUUAAUUACUUGUGCCCGUCCAUGUUUGGUUAUGAAUAAAUACAAUUAUUAGAUUUAAAAGUAUAGCUUGCGUUUUGUCUAAGAUCUUGAAGGUUUUCUCAGUUUAGAAUAUUACUGUUAUUGUAUCCGUCCAGCACAUGGUGUCACUGUAGACCGCGAGAUGAGGGUCUUUCCAUUAUCUGCAGCCUCUCUUAAAACCAAAACCUUGGUUGUACUGUAUUCGUCGUUGAGAAAUGGUGAAUAUUUAUAUUUCGUGCCCUGUUUCUGAACGUUAAGGAGUAAAGACUGGAUCGCAUUUCUUUAUUACCACCCUCAAACACGUUGUCAGUGACCAUGGGAUUUGCGGGAUGUUUCCAAUGCGGAUUUGUAUUUUUAUUUUCUGCUCUGGAUGCGGCGUUUGCUCAAAUCAUCUAUUCCGUACAAGAGGAGGUAAAUAAGGGAACAAUUGUUGGCAAUUUAGCGAAAGACCUGAAUAUAAAUGUUCAUGACUUUGAAUAUCGCAUGUUCGAAAUUGUACCUGGAUCUAAUAAGAAGUAUUUUGACUUGAAUCUGAAAACCGGUGUGCUGUUUGUUAGAGAAAAAAUUGAUCGCGAGGAGUUAUGUCUGUCGAAUCCAAAAUGUUCUUUGAAUAUAGAGGCCAUCGCUAAAAAUCCUCAUAAUCUUUACAGAGUGGAAAUUAAGAUUUUGGACAUAAACGAUAAUGCGCCACAUUUUCCUGUUAAAUCAUUUAGCGUAAAUAUUACUGAAAAUGCUAGCCCAGGAGAGAGAUUUCUCCUCCCAGUGGCCGAGGACUCUGAUUAUGGGGGUAAUUCGCUAAAAGAGUACAAACUGAGCCAGAAUGAACAUUUUACUAUAGAAACGCAGAAUGGAGAACAGAGUGUGUUUGCAGAGCUGGUGCUGAACAAGGCUUUAGACCGAGAGAAGCAAGCAACUGUUAAGUUAGUGCUUACCGGUGUGGAUGGAGGAAAACCACCUAAAUCAGGGACCGUAAACAUCAUUAUAAACGUCAUGGACAUUAACGAUAACAACCCAGUGUUCAGUCAAGCUCUUUAUAAAAUCAAACUAAAGGAAAAUGUUGCUUCUGGCACUAAAGUUAUAUCUGUCUUCGCCUCCGAUUUGGAUGAAGGUAUAAACGGUGAAAUUGUGUACUCAUUUGUUGGCCAUGGAAAGAAACAAGACUUGUUUACCAUUUUACCCACAACUGGAGAAAUUAUUGUAAAUGGAAAUGUAGAUUACGAGGAGAAUCCAGCUAUUGAGUUGCGAGUUCAGGCUAGAGACAAAGGUAAUUCUCCGAAGAGUACACACAGUAAGAUUUUGAUAGAAGUUUUGGAUGAAAAUGACAAUGCUCCAGAGAUAAUUAUGAUUUCACUGUUAAAUAGUGUGAAAGAGGACACAAAGUCAGGAACUGCAGUUGCUUUAGUCACAGUUGCAGAUAAAGAUGGAGGAAAAAAUUGUAUCGUACACUGCGCCCUGAAAGGCUCGUAUCCUUUCAAACUGGAACCUUCAUAUAAAAACCAUUAUUCAUUAGUGGUAGAUGGACCUCUGGACAGAGAGAGUGUGUCUCAAUAUAACAUCACAAUUACAGCUACAGAUGAAGGAACGCCGGCACUUUCCAACAGCAGCAUUAUUAUUGUUCAUAUCUCAGAUAUUAACGACAACGCCCCUUAUUUCGCCACACCUGUUAUAAAUGCUUAUAUAAGUGAAAACGGCCAAGCUGGAGGUCUGGUGACAAAAGUUACAGCUGAUGACUCAGACACUGGUGAGAACGCAGAACUUUCAUAUUCAUUGUUAGAGAGUUCUAUCUCCAUUAUUCCUAUCACAUCAUUGAUAAAUAUAAACUCUUUAACUGGGGAAAUAUUCAGUCUACAGUCAUUUAAUCACGAAGAAAUUAAAAGAUUUCAGUUUCAAGUUAUAGCAACAGACUCUGGUGUUCCUCCCCUGAGCAGUAAUGUGACGGUCAACGUUUUUAUCCUCGAUGACAAUGACAACAGUCCAGUCAUUUUACCACCAUAUUCUGAACCUGGAUCAGUAAAUACUGAAAAUAUCCCCUACUCUGCUGAAGCGGGUUACUUCGUAUCCAAAAUUAGAGCUGUUGAUGCUGAUUCUGGAUAUAACGCACUUCUGUCUUAUCAACUAACCGAACCCAAAGGAACGAAUCUAUUCCGAAUCGGGACCAGCACUGGAGAAAUAAGGACCAGGAGAAGAAUGAGUGACAAUGACUUAAAAACUCACCCACUUAUCAUUACAGUGUCUGAUAAUGGAGAGCCAUCACUAUCAGCAACUAUGUCUAUGGAUGUUGUGGUUAUGGAGAGUAUAGAUGACAUAAAGACAUCGUUCAAACAAGUUCCUGUUAAGGAGGAGAGUUUUUCAGAUCUGAAUCUGUAUCUGCUCAUCGCUAUUGUCUCAGUGUCAGUCAUCUUUUUACUGAGCCUCAUUGGUUUGAUAGCAGCUAAAUGCUACAGGACAGACAGCAGUUUCAGCAGGUAUGGAGCUCCAGUGAUCAACACACAUCCAGAUGGCAGCUGGUCCUACUCUAAAUCCACGCAACAAUAUGACGUGUGUUUUAGUUCAGACACAUGA